AGUUCCACCUCCUCCACCAGUCAAUGUCACAAAUUCCGACGUAAGAGAAACAAGAGUACAUAUUUACUGGAAACCACCCGAACUUCACGAGCUGUUUUCCAUUGAGCGGUACUACAUCACUUAUUUGAAACUUGGUGAGAAGAAAUGGUCAAACAACACCAUCAGUAAUGACGAAUACAAUGUUCAACUGGAUGACUUGGAAAGUGAUACGUUCUACAUUCUCAAGAUUGUUGCCGAGAAUGCAUAUGGUCUUGGCAAAGAAAGCGGCAGAAUGGAAAUUAAAACUAUGAAAGUUAAAGGUACAUCAUUUUUACGCUGGAAAAAUUUUGUCUCGAAAAUUUGAGUAAAAUAAUGCACCCGAAGUGACUCAAACUUUUGAGUAAAAUUAUUCAAAUGUGUGAGAAAAUUUAGUCAUUUUUUGAGUAAAUGAGUAUUUGAGUAAAAUAAAUCUUUACCAAAAUAAUUAAAAAUAAUCGAGUUCUUCGUCGCCAGGGCGAGGGGCUGGAUGCGUUAGGUGGCUCCGGUUAGGAGGGGUUGGAGUGUGGUGAGGGUCAGGUUAUCAAUGUGUCUGUAUGAUGAUAUACAUCAUACAUAAAAGUGCACUUGCAUGUAUGAUGAUGCACAUCAUAGAUUUAAGUAUAUUCGUAUGAUGAUAUACAUCAUAAAAACGAAGAGACCAUGAUGUACCUAAAACAAUUUUUUAAAAUGUACGAAUGGUGAAUAUGAAGCAAUUGCAGUAUAUAUAAAUGAAAUAUUCCCCGAGCCGGCGGCGCGAAGCGCCGUGCGAGGGUACUAAUUCCGCACGGCUAAUUAUACCUGGGUAUGUGAAAACAUAGCGGAGUGCAAAGUUGUCCUCUAUUUUGUUUAUGUCAUGGACGGUUUUCGACGUUAUGCGCAUGCGUGAGUACAAACUCUAUCGUUUUAUGCUUCAGUCAUUUGAAAUCACGCCCCCCCCCCCGGGACAUAGCGGGGAAUUAACAAAAUUUAGCGGGUAUUUAACGCUAUUUAACAACGUGCUAUGCCCCGGAGGGCGGUGGAAUUAACAACUUUUUUAUAACCGGGGAAUUGACCCGGGAUUUAACAGCCGCUAUAUAUAAAUACACCGGGGAUAACUGGGGACUUAAAAUGACACAUAGGGUCGUAAAAACGAAAAUGGCGACUGGCGAAAAACUUCCUCGACAGGUACGUGCGUUUGAAACUUUAUAUUUUAUACUUAAUCCUCAGCCAUCCGCUGCUGUUAAUAUUCAAUAAGUGUCAUGCAGGCAUCGCCUUUUCCAUUGUUUGGAUAUAAUUGGCAUUGUUUACAUUUUAUAUUUGCAUAUUUAUUUACAUUUUCAUAUCGAUAUUUUGAUAUGCAUGACCAGACAUUGUCAAUACAAUAUUCUCAAUUUUCAGGUGUUGUUUCAAUAUCAAGACAGCAGAAAGAUCAUAAAUAUUUACAAUACCGAAGAUGAUAUUAUUUUCAAAAGUGAAGCACAGCUUUAAUAUUACAACAUAACCAUUAUUUUCAAAAAUAGAGCAGGGAGAAUGGAUAGAUGUAGAUACUAUAAAGGAUAUUCUUGACAAAGAAAAAGUGAAUAUGCACACCAGAAAACUAUCAAACUCUGAGGAGCAAACAUCUACUUCACAGGUUUGUACACUGCACAAUACAGAUGUAUUUUAGUAUUUUUCAAAAAUUUUCACACAAAAGCAAAAAACACAGCAGGCUCAGCAGCAUUACCAAUUAAUAUUAUUUAAUAUUUAUUAUUUAAUAUUAAAAGAGAAAAUCCUACUAAAUUAUAUAAUAAAAAAUCCUACUCAAAAAAAUAAAAGUAUCUUAUCAUUAUCAUAUUAAAAACAUUGAACUUCGGAUUGCAGACUGUUGACUAUUUUAACCACAUACAGGUAGCUAAGAGUGUCUGUCUUUCAAACAAUUGUCAAAUAUAUUUCUUGCCGAUCAAGAUGAACGGCAAGCUUGCUUUUUUGCCGAUCAAAAACAAUGUCCUGCCGAUCCUAGCCCUGUGAUUGCAACUUGAUAAUUCUGAGGUGUAACCGACCAAUUGUACUAUUUGUUGCAAAAUUAAAAAAGAUCCAUAUCCAGUCAUCAAACAACUUAUCUUUAUUUUGAGCGUAAGUAUUAAUAAUUACUUCAUUACUGGGUCGAAAGUUCAAAAUAAAUGUAUUAAAGAUAGAGAACAUACAAAUUAUAAUUUAAUAAAUUGCAUGAAUUAUUAAGUACUCUUCAAAUCUAUUAAAUAUAAAUCAUGUUGUACGUAUUGGAACAAUUUUUGCUUAUUUUAUAAAUUGUCUAACUUUUUCCAGUAUCUGAUGCAAAACAGGCAACAUUGUGUAUUAAUAAUCCUGGCAAACUAUCAGUUGGACCUGUUGUGGAGGUAAGGUGUUUGUAGUCUUUAGAAUAAAGUUUUAUUGAUAUUUUUAUUGCCUAAAUAUCUCAGUUACAAUCCAGUAUUUGACUUGAUAACAGACAGCUUUAUCCAGUGCACCCUACUGCAAUUAUAAGAGAUACAUUACAUGAAUGGCUAAUGCAGACAUUCCAACCACUGGAGGUAAAAUUUAGGGAGACUGUUCAGUGAAUUGAAAUAUAGUUCUUCUGGGAAAAAAUAAUAAAAAUUAAGUCUUCUCAAAUGGUGUUUCCUGCAUUUUGGGACUAUGCUGUUAUAAGUGAUCCUAUUCGGGAGACUCCCGGUAAAAUCAGGAGAGUUGGAAUGUCUGAUAAGGCGUAAAAAAACAUACCUGUGGUUCUGGUUUCAUAUUGUGAAAAAAUUAGGGUCGGUAGGUCGGAAAUAAUUUUUUUAAAAUAUCUUUUUCAUGGUUUUUAACUGGGCGAUUUGCAGUAGAGUCCCGACAUCAAUAUUAACUAGAGAUGCGUAUUUCCUAUGGACGAAUUUAGGCAAUUUGGUUCAAUAAUUAGUGUGACAACAGACACCAUUUUGGCACGCUGUAUGAGCAGCCCGCAACCACCUGGAGAAAAUAAGGUUGUACGGUCAAUCGUGCUGAAAAAAUAAUAGGGUCGGCAGUAAAAACCAGAACCACAGGUAUUUUUUUAACGCCUAAUGUAUAAGAAAUAAAGGAAAACUUUGAAAGUGCAAGAAAUAUUCUACUAGAGAGGUAGCUAUAUACUUGUCCACACAAAUGAAAAAUGUGAAUAUGUAGGCUUCUACAAAAGUAAUAAGAAUUAUAAGCAUAUAUAACAUAGGUUAUUAAUGAAAAUUCUCAACGCUGAUUGGUUUCCAUUCAGGUGAUUAUUUAACAAUUGUUUGGCGAAGUGAUUAUCGGUGAAUAUUUACCUGAGACGAAGUCAAAGUGAAUUUUCACCAUAAUCACUAAGCCUGAGAUGAAUAAUUGUUUUAGUAUAACUUCAGUGGUAAAACAUGCAUAUUAAAGUUUUAUAAUGUAAAUGUAGCAUGUAUAGCUAUUAGCUUUGAUCCGAAAAGUUUGUAAUCAAAGUUUGUAAAAUGAUGCUGACCAUGCUUCAAAUUUACAACAUUAAGGAUCAUGUAAAUCAAACUAUUUAAAACGUUUCACAAAGCUUAAUUGUUGUUUUUGUUUAUGUUCAAUUUUGUCAAAAUUAUAAAAAAUCAAAAACGAUAUUGGGAAGCCAUUUUGAAAAAAGCCAGACUAGUAAAAUAUAAUGCCUCAUAUUUAUGUCAGGCAACUAAUCAAAAUGGUGGCAAACCAUUAUUCACUGUUGACGAAGACCUAAGUCACUGGUUGAAACGUCUUAACAUCUUUUUAAAUAAACAUAGUUUUUAAACGUUUUUAUCAAACCAGUGUCAAACCUUUCUACAUCUCAAUAUGUCUAAUCCUGGUUACAAUUUUAACAUUUUAAUAUACAUAUAUUUAAUAUAUAUAUUUAAAAAAAUCAUUAAUAAUUAUAUAUAUAUAUAUAUAUAUAUAUAUAUAUAAAAGAAAACCAACUCAAUCAUGAAAUAAUAAGAGAUACAGAUAACUCUAUUUUGAAAGUUUCUAUAUUUCUCUUUAAUAUAUCUUGUUUUACCAAUAAUUUUAUGGAUAAUUAUAUCAAAGCACUCACUUUUGGUAAAGAUAUCAUAAUUGCUGGAGACUUAAAUUGUGACUUGUUAAAGACAGCUCAAGAGGCAAAGGUUUUGAAUGAUUUUUGUCACUGUUUAAAUUUGACACAGUUAAUUGAUAAACCGACGAGGGUCACGUCAUGUUCGUCAACGCUUAUUGAUGUCAUGAUGACUUCAAAUAAAGAUUUGAUUGCAGAAAGUGGAGUGCUUGAAAUCUAUAUUAGUGAUAAUUUUCUGGUUUACUGUUCACUCAAACUAAAGUUGAUAAAACCGCAUCCAAUUUGUAUCACUGCAAGGAGUUAUAAGCAUUACAACAGAAACCAAUUCCUCUGUGAUUUGGCAUGUAUUCCGUGGCAUGAGAAUUUAUUUGUUGAAAAUGUAAAUGAUAAACUGUCGCAUUUUGAUAGUAAUUUUCAAAAUGCAUUGGCUAGGAAUGCACCAAUUAAGACAAUGAAAAUAAGACAUCGACAAGUACCAUUUGUUGACAAUGAGAUCAAAGAACUGAUGAAAAAUAGAAAUAGAAUACACAAAUUUGCUCGUCUAACCCGAAUGCCACCUGAUUGGGAGAAGAUAAAGUUUAAUGUCGAGAUAAAGUUUAAUGUAAGCUACACCAAGCACAAAAAGAUUAUGUACUCAGUGAAAUAUAUAAUAACCCAAAUAUAGCAUCGAUGUGGAAAGUCAUCAGGAACUGCGUUCCUCGUAAAGAGACCACGAAACCAAGUUAUUCCGGAGAUGUUAAGAAAUUAGCUAAUGAAUUCAAUACCUUUUUUUACCUCAGUGGGGAUAAAUACAUCGGCAACUGCAUUGGCAUUGCUUACUGAACAUGGACUACCCAUACUGAAUCCACCAACAUCUACCGAAAUACCUGAGAUCGAUCAGUUUUAUUUCCAUUCAGUAUCGUGUAGUGAAAUAAGUAGGGUUGUUAUGUCCUUUUCAUCAAAUAAGGCACCAGGAUUUGACAAAGUAUCAAUGGCUGUGAUCAAGGACGCCUUACCAUACAUCCUUCCUACACUUACGCAAAUUGUUAUUGUUCCCUGGAAACAGGUGUUUUCCCAACAGCCUGGAAGAAAGCAGAGGUUAUCCCACUUCUGAAGGAAGGGGAUUAUGAAAUUCUGAAUAAUAAUCGGCCCGUGUUGUUGUUAGUGGCUUCAUCUAAGAUCUGUGAAUGCGUGGUAUUGAAACAGUUAACAGAGUGUAUGACAGAGGAAAAAAUUUACUAAACAUCAAAGUGGAAAUAGGAAGUUACAUUCAACCGAAACAUUAAACAUAUUCAUCUCAGAUUUAAUUCUCCAGUCCACGGAUUGUAGAGAAGUGACUGCUUUACUCUUACUGGACUUGUCUAAAGCUUUUGAUAGCUUAGAUCAUUUCAUUCUGCUAAGAAAACUUUCGAAUAUUCGAAUCUCGAAGCCUGUGUUGUUUUGGUUUAAAAGCUAUUUGACAGGCAGGUGCCAAUCAGUACGUAUUGCAUAUUGCGUCAGUGUUAUCUGAUGAAUGUGACAUAACUUGCGGUGUUCCACAGGGAUCGAUACUGGGUCCGGUGUUUUUAAAUAUAUAUAUCAACGACUUGCCUGGUGUACCAAAGGAGUCCAAUUUGAAGUCGUAUGUGGAUGACUCAAAAAUAUAUUUAGCAUUCUCAAUCAGGGAUGCUGAGUUGGCAGCUAUGAAACUCACAGAAGACAUGCGAAGAAUUACCACCUGGUGCUGUCUUAACAGUUUGUUGGUGAAUCCAGAAAAAACUAAGUUGCUUAUAUUAGGUACUAGGCAAAUGUUAGAACAGGUACCUGAAAAUUUUCAAAUAACUAUCCUUGGUGAGAAUAUUACCCCAGUUGCUGUUGCAAAGGAUUUAGGGAUGAUAUUGGACUCAUGUUUGAGCUAUGACGAACAUAUCGCAAGCGUUGUUUCAUCUUGUAUCACUGGAUUGGGCCAAAUUAGCAGAGUUAAACCUACCUUUGACAGAAAAACAUUAAUUCUUAUUAUAAAUUCCCUGAUUUUUAGCAAAAUGUAUUACUGGUCUGCUGUCUGGUCUAAUACAUCCCAAAGAAAUAUCGAGAAACUUCAAGCGGUCCAGAACUUUGCUGCACGUAUUGUUACAGGAACAAGAAAAUACGAUCAUGUGACUCCUGUUCUGCAACAACUGGGCUGGCUUCCAGUUAAAUACAUGUAAGAGAAGCCAUUUUUGCUUUCAAAUGCUUGAAGGGCUUGGCACCAUUGUAUUUGUGUGAGAAGUUCCAUGUCAGGUCAGAUGUUCAUGGCGUUAACACAAGGCAAAAGAACAUUUUGGAUAUACCAAUGUACAGAUCAGCUGCGGGUCAACGAACAUUUCACUAUAGGGCUGUGUCCUUGUGGAAUUCUCUGCCUCAGUCUCUUAAAAACAUUGAUACUUUGACUCAUUUUAAAGUAGAAUACAAACGUAUGUUAUUAGAAGAAUUUUUAACUGAAAGUGGUGUUUAACAGAUUUAUAGAAUAUUUUGGAACUAUAGCCUAUGUUAUACCUUAGGUCAAAACUCAAACUUCAUUUUUAGAUACUUUUCUAGACAUAGAAUUUCAUAUUUGUAAUUAGAUCCUGAAAAGCCCAAUUGGGAGUAUCUAAUAUUGUAUAAUAAUAAUAAUAAUAAUAAAUAAUAGUAAUAUACAUCAGUGAUUUUAAAUUUAUUUCACAGUUGCCAAGUAGAAAAUACUUGUCAUGAGGAAACUUUAUAGUAAAUAAAACUUUUUAAAUAUUUAAUUCUUUUAAAGCCACAGUUAAGUUUUACUUCAUCCAAAGAAAUGAUCAGUGUUGAUACAGAGAAGAUAAAAAGGGAAUCGCAGAUAUACAUGCUGAAUCCAGAUGAUAAACUCUUGGAUUACCACCGUGCUAUUAAUGAAAAUGCGUUUGCUGUUGCAAGAGAAAAACCCCAUUUGCUUGCUUCAAAAAUUGAAUUACAAAAGCUAGAGAGACAACGAUUACAUGAAUCAGGUUUUGCUUACAAAAGGAGGGAGUCCAGGUCAAAAUAUUUUGGAAAAAUGUCUACCGUAGAGAAGCCAAAAAGGGAAAAACUAGGAGAGGAAAUGAGACAGCAACAACUCAGUCAUGUGCAAGAAGAAUUAAAAGAAGUCUAUCUGCAGUUGAGCUAUGCAUCCCGGCAGCGCGAGAGAUGUGCUAAUGUGAAUAACUUUACGAAAGCCAUUGAGAUGUCAAAAGAAAUGGAAGAGCUCCGCCAGAAGAAAAGCAAAUAUCAAGAAGAGGUAGCGUUACUGCAGAAAAAAGAAUCGUUAAACAAACGCGUGAAAAAAUGUUUGCCAAAAAAAAAGGCAAAACAAAGGGCCUACCUGAAGGAAGUAAUCAGAGCAUGCGUAAUUUUGUCUACAAGAAAAUUGGAUCCACCAAUUCAAGUGAUGUUUCUGCAGGAAAAGAUAUCACUGAUAACAGUUUUGACCAACUACAUUCCAAUCAACAACCCUCAGACAACGAGGAAAGCAUUGACCUCCGCGAAGUCGCAAAGCAGACCUCACAAGAAUCACUUCCAGCCCCAGAGCAAGAUAAUACAUUGACGGCAACCUCUAAUCAAGAAACCAGCGCCAAAGAUACUCAUUUUGACCAAAGUCAAAACGAAAAGGAUUUUUAG